UCUCUCUACCCACCACUGCAUUGAUGCUGUUACCUCCCUCGGUGGUGAUGUCACCGGCUCAGUGGAGCUCAAGCAUCCUUGCCAGAGACAGGGAGACAACAGAGCCAUUUUGACCGCUUUUGACUGUGAAGAAGCGGCCACCAUCCGCAGCAAGCCGACCGGCCACCUUCCUUCCUGGGUCCCCACUGGCAGGGCAGGGCAGGGCAGGGCAGAGGGGGGUGGGUUGGGUAGAGGACACCGUCGACACCGUAACCCCAGCCCUUCCCGUUUUUUCAUGGAGAGGCGAGGCUGUUAGCAGGGGCAGUGUCAGACCUGGAGGAGACCAGAGGAGGUGGAGGUAGCUGCGGAGCUGGAUAAUAAAACAGAGGAGCACGACUAACUCGGUGUCCACACAGGGGGAAAAAGACCUCAUUGGCACUGCGGAGGCCCUACACCUGGGCACCAGACAAGGCACCCCAAGGUGCUAGGAAGACAGCACCAUGGCAGGGGCCUCUGUGAAGGUGGCGGUGCGUGUCCGCCCCUUCAAUUCAAGGGAGAUUGGAAAAGAAAGCAAAUGCAUCAUUCAGAUGUCUGGAAACACCACCACCAUCAUCAACCCCAAGCAGGCCAAAGACAACAAGAGCUUCAACUUUGAUUACUCCUACUGGUCGCACACCACGCCGGCGGAUGUCAAUUAUGCCUCUCAGAUGCUGGUGUACAAAGACAUCGGAGAAGAAAUGUUGCUGCAUGCCUUUGAAGGUUACAACGUCUGCAUCUUUGCUUAUGGCCAGACGGGUGCUGGCAAGUCCUACACCAUGAUGGGAAAACAGGAUGUCAAAGAUCAACAAGGAAUCAUUCCCUUGCUGUGUGAAGAUCUUUUCACUAAAAUCAAUGACAAUACAGACAACAGCAUGUCUUACUCUGUGGAGGUAAGCUACAUGGAAAUCUACUGUGAACGUGUGCGGGACUUGCUGAACCCUAAAAACAAAGGGCACCUGCGUGUGCGAGAGCAUCCUCUGAUGGGACCCUAUGUGGAGGACCUGUCCAAGCUGGCUGUCACCUCCUACAACGACAUCCAGGACCUGAUGGACUCUGGCAACAAGGCCAGGACUGUGGCUGCCACCAACAUGAACGAGACAAGCAGUCGCUCGCAUGCCGUCUUUAACAUCAUAUUCACUCAGAAGCGCCUUGAUGCCGAGACUGAUAACACCUCCGAGAAGGUCAGCAAAAUAAGUUUGGUGGAUUUGGCUGGCAGUGAGAGGGCAGAUUCUACUGGAGCCAAAGGGACAAGGCUUAAGGAAGGAGCAAAUAUCAACAAAUCUCUGACCACGCUGGGGAAGGUCAUCUCUGCUUUGGCAGAAGUGGACUCUGGGCCAAAUAAGAAUAAAAAGAAGAAGAAAGUAGAAAGCUUCAUUCCCUACAGAGAUUCAGUUUUGACCUGGCUACUGAGAGAAAAUUUGGGGGGGAAUUCUCGCACUGCGAUGGUAGCUGCCCUGAGUCCAGCAGACAUCAACUAUGACGAGACCCUCAGCACACUCAGGUACGCAGACCGCGCCAAACAAAUUCGCUGUAACGCUGUCAUCAACGAGGAUCCCAACAACCGACUGGUGCGCGAGCUGAAGGAGGAGGUGUCUCGUCUGAAAGAGCUCCUCUUCGCCCAGGGCCUGGGUGACAUCAUUGAGAUGACCAAUGCCAUGACGGGGAUGAGUCCCUCUCCGUCUCUCUCGGCCUUGUCCAGCCGUGCCGGAUCUAUCGCCAGUCUGCAUGACCGCAUCAUGUUCAGCCCAGGCAGUGAGGAGGCCAUCGAGAGGCUGAAGGAAACAGAAAAAAUCAUUGCAGAACUCAAUGAGACUUGGGAAGAGAAACUUCGUCGAACAGAAGCCAUUCGAAUGGAAAGAGAGGCCUUGCUGGCAGAAAUGGGUGUAGCAAUGCGAGAAGAUGGUGGGACAGUUGGUGUAUUCUCCCCUAAGAAGACGCCUCAUCUGGUAAACCUCAACGAGGAUCCUCUGAUGUCUGAGUGCCUGCUGUACUACAUUAAAGAUGGAAUCACCAGGGUUGGUCGUGUAGACGCCAGCAGUCGUCAGGACAUAGUCCUCAGUGGUCACUUCAUAAAGGAUGAGCACUGCACCUUUACCAGUUCUACUGAUCCAUCAGGAGAAACUGUUGUCCUAGAGCCCUGUGAAGGAGCUGAGACCUAUGUCAACGGAAAGAGAGUGACAGAGCCCACUAUCCUCAAAUCAGGAAAUCGCAUCAUUCUGGGGAAAAGCCAUGUGUUCCGGUUCAACCACCCUGUGCAAGCUAGAGCAGAGAGGGAGAGGACACCAUGUGCUGAAACACCUGCUGAGCCUGUGGACUGGGCCUUUGCCCAGAGGGAGCUGCUGGAGAAACAGGGAAUUGACAUGAAACAGGAAAUGGAACAGAGGCUGCAGGAGUUGGAGGACCAGUAUCGCAAAGAAAGAGAGGAAGCCAACAACCUUCUAGAGCAGCAAAGACUGGAUUAUGAGAGCAAGCUUGAGGCUCUUCAGAAACAAGUGGACCGUUAUUACCCAGAAGCCACUGAAGAAGAGGAGGAGCCAGAAGAGGAAGUGCAAUGGACGGAGAGGGAAAGGGAGAUGGCUGUGUGGGGCUUCCGUAAGUGGAGGUGCUACCAGUUCACCUCUCUCCGUGACCUGCUAUGGGGCAAUGCCAUCUUCCUCAAGGAGGCCAACGCUAUCAGUGUGGAACUCAAGAAGAAGGUCCAGUUCCAGUUUGUGCUGCUGACAGACACUCUCUACUCCCCCCUGCCUCCAGACCUGUUGCCCCCAGAGGCAACUAAAGACAGAGAGAAGCGACAUUUCCCACGCACUAUUGUGGCUGUGGAGGUGCAGGAUCAGAAGAAUGGAGCCACCCAUUACUGGACAUUAGAAAAACUAAGGCAGAGACUUGAUCUGAUGAGAGAGAUGUAUGACCGCGCUGCUGAUGUGCCCAACAAUACCACCGAGGACAGUGAAAACGUGAUGACCGGAGGCGACCCCUUUUAUGACCGCUUCCCUUGGUUCCGUCUGGUUGGCAGAAACCCCAUUUUCAACACAUGCAUGAGCGAGCGCAUGAGUGACCUUACCCCAUCCCCGACCCUCUCCAACUCUGAAAUUACUGAGCUGGCCGACUCGCAGCGGGAGGGUCGAGGGGAGGAGGAGGAGGAGUUGGAGGAUUUGGACGACCUGGACGAUGAUAUCUUUUUGGACGACCCGUGCUCGGAGCUCGGGGGAGAGGAUGAUGAUGAUGAUGAUGAUGAUGAUGAUGAUGAGGGAGAGCUCUACCGAGGCUCCAGCGAAGGCCUGGACCCCUUUUACGACCGCUCACCAUUAUUCAGUGUAGUGGGAAGGGCUUUUGUUUAUCUGAGUAACCUGCUGUACCCGGUUCCUCUCGUCCACCGCGUGGCCAUCGUUAGCGAGAAGGGGGAAGUGAAGGGCUUCCUGCGGGUGGCAGUGCAGGCCAUAUCAGCUGAUGAGGAAGCUCCCGACUACGGCUCAGGAGUGAGGCAGUCAGGCACUGCCAAAAUAUCAUUCGAAGAUCAGCAAUAUGAAAAGUUUCAGUCAGAAUCCUGCUCUGUGGGACUGUCUCGUACAGGGAUUUCACAGGAGGAGCUUCGUAUCGUGGAAGGGGAGGGGCAGAAUGUAGAAAUGGGACCCUCAGCUGAUGAGGUCAACAACAACACAUGUGCGGCUGGUGCAGAUGAACUGGAGAAUCCACUGAAGGCCAAUGUAGACAGCCAGCUAGACACAACUCUGGAGCACCUCAGGAUUGGUAAUGUGUUUACCUUCAGGGUGACUGUCCUGCAGGCUUCCAGCAUCUCUGCAGAAUACGCUGACAUCUUCUGCCAGUUCAAUUUCAUCCACCGCCAUGAUGAGGCCUUCUCCACCGAACCCCUAAAAAACACAGGCCGCGGCCCCCCUCUCGGCUUUUACCACGUGCAGAAUAUUGCUGUUGAGGUUACCAAAUCCUUUGUUGACUAUAUCAAGACUCAGCCAAUUGUGUUCGAGGUGUUUGGACACUACCAGAAACAGCCUUUCCUUCCACUCUGUAAAGACGUCAUCAGUCCACUGCGCCCCUGCAGGAGACAGUUCCCACGAGUGAUGCCUCUGUCCAAACCAGUACCUGCUACCAAGCUGACAACCAUGACCCGCCCGCAGGCAGGACCCUGCCACUGCAAAUACGAUCUCAUGGUAUUCUUUGAGAUCUGCGAGCUGGAGGCCAAUGGAGACUACAUCCCUGCAGUGGUGGACCACAGAGGAGGAAUGCCUUGCCAUGGCACAUUCCUACUGCACCAGGGCCUUCAGAGGAGAAUCACUGUCACCAUUGUGCAUGAGUCGGGCGGUGACAUGGAAUGGAAGGAAGUCCGUGAACUUGUUGUGGGACGCCUCCGCAACACCCCUGAAUCUGAUGAGACUAUCAUUGACCCCAAUAUUCUCUCUCUCAACAUCUUGUCUGCUGGGUAUGUCAGGCCCAUGCAAGAUGACAGCAUUUCCUUGGGAGUUGACCAUAGGACCUUCUACCGUUUCGAGACCGCUUGGGACAGCUCCAUGCACAACUCCCUGCUACUAAACAGAGUCACUCCAUACGGGGAGAAGAUCUACAUGACCCUCUCGGCCUACCUGGAGAUGGAGAACUGCACCCAGCCCGCAGUCAUAACCAAAGAUAUCUGCAUGGUGUUUUACUCUCGAGACACAAAGCUGUCAGCCUCCCGUUCUAUCCGCAACCUUUUUGGCACUGGAAGCCUGAGAGCGGCAGAUGGAAACCGUGUAACAGGAGUUUAUGAAGUCAGUCUGUGUCAUCUGGCGGAUGCAGGAAGCCCAGGUAUGCAGAGGAGACGUAGGCGGGUGCUGGACACCUCAGUGGCCUAUGUCCGUGGGGAGGAGAACCUGGCUGGGUGGAGGCCCCGCAGUGACAGCCUCAUUUUGGACCACCAGUGGGAGCUAGAGAAACUCAGCCUCCUUCAAGAUGUGGAGAAGACCAAACAUUACCUCCUGCUGAGGGAGAAGCUGGAGUCCACCCUGCUCAUGGGGCAGGAGGCCCUGCAGACCUGUGUUACUGACGAGCUGAGUGAGGCUCCUCAGCCCCCCGAGAUCGACCAGGAGGUCAGCUCCGGCUCCGAAAUCACCACUGACAGGCAGAGGGAGCUUGCUGCCAAGUGUUUGAGGCUGCUCACUCACUCCUUCAACAGAGAGUACAGCCAUGUGUGUGUCAGCGCCAGUGAAAGCAAGAUCUCAGAGAUGUCUGUCACAACGCUGAGAGACUCCCCUUCAAUCUCUGGUCUUAACACAAUCACACCCUCCUCAACAUGCCCUUCCCUGGUGGAGGGUUGCUAUGGCAAUGCUGAACUCAGACCCCCUACGCCUCGCUCUCGGGCCAUCAGCCCCAGUCCUGACACACUGCAGGACGCAGAGGCCAAAAAGUCCCUCAGCGGAGCCUCUGAAGGCAAGCCUCAGAUCCGCAAAUAUGUUCCUGAUAUCCAGGAGAUUCGAGUCAGCCCCAUCGUGUCAAAGAAGGGUUACUUGCAUUUCUUGGAGCCACACACCAACGGAUGGGUGAAGCGCUAUGUAGUCGUGCGGCGGCCGUACGUCUAUAUCUACAACACAGAGAGAGACACUGUGGAGCGGGCUAUUCUCAAUCUCUCCUCAGCCCAAGUUGAGUACAGUGAGGACCAGCAGGCGAUGCUGAAGACCCCAAACACAUUUGCCGUGUGUACAGAACAUCGUGGAAUAUUGCUUCAAGCCACUAAUGACAAAGACAUGCAUGACUGGCUGUAUGCGUUUAAUCCUCUCCUUGCUGGGACUAUCAGGUCAAAGCUAUCGAGAAGACGAGCCGGACAGAUGAGGAUGUGAACAAAUCUCAUGAGAGAAAGAUGAACGCAAAGACUAAGAUGUAAAUAGGUCCCUGUCCUUAUCCCUCCCCUUGUGCUGAGCCCCGUCCCCACCACCACAGUCACCAACAACCAUCUUUACCCUGUACGUCCUCAGUUUAUCACUAGUGUCCUCAGCACCUAAAGAGCGCCCAUUUUGUGUCAUGCCUUUGCUGCGGUGUGAGUCUCAUAGUCUGAAGAGCCUCUUCAAAAGCUGUCACUGUACUGUACCGGAGUUUACUCAUAGCUGGACGAAUGAAGAAAACGGAGGAAGUAGCAACCGUUUCUUAUCUCAGAUUACAUACGUAUGGUAAUGUACUGUAGUUGUUGUCAGUGACACAUCAAGCCUUAUACAUUUACUCCUUAAAAAUACAGUGACAUGUAUCUUUACCUAAAGCUGCCAUGUCAGUGAGGAUCACAUUGCUACAUUCGCAUCAGUAAAUAGACAAAACAUGCAGAUUCUUCUCUACUCUACUCUACAGCUAUAUAUACAGUGUCUAAACUGGUUUGCAUACAACGUACAGCUGGAAAAUACACGCUAAAAGAAAAAAAAAAGAAAAAAAACGACAGUUAAUGUAUCUCUUUAAAAAAUAUUCCUCUUUUCUUUCUGGUCUGUGAAUCCUGACAUUGAGUAAUCUGCCUCCUAUUCCGAAGACUUCUUAGAAACUUCAGCACACACAGCCUGGCAAGGGAAUGGCAUAUCAUCAUAGACUUCAUGUUCUUGUGGCAUUUUGAUAAAUCUACGUCCGUGUUUUAGCUACUCGUAGGAGCACUGAGGGUAUCUACAUUCACACUUUAAGUAAGCAAAUGUCAUCGUAUUAAUCCUCCCAAUUUAAUCUCAUUCUCUACCUGAAUUUUAUUUGUUUUAAAAUGUGAUAUAUUUAGAUAUUUAACAGCUUUUAUUAUUUAUUUCUGCAUGUAUUUAUUUACAAAGACAUUUAUAUUUCUAAAGUAGUAGUACAGUGCAAUUUCUGCACACUGCACUUUUUAAUAUGAGUUCCUUAAAUGUUUCAAUAAUACAACCUCGUCCCCGUGCAUUUAAUGCUAUUUAAAUAAUUGAAUAACUUAAUGAUAAACAUUGGCCGGUUUCUUUAUGCUGAAGAUUACUUGAAUAAUACUAUCCCCUUUAAGAUUAGGAUAGUCACACCUGACCUUUGACCCAACUCACAUAACAUCUGGCAAAACCAGUACAUUGUUAGUUAGAAAAUAUUAAGGUGGUCUGUCCCUCCUUAGCUGCACAAAGCUACCUUGUAAAAUGAUCAAAAGUAUAAACUGUUCCUCACAGUACAGAAUUAGAAACUGGUUUUCUGAAUAUGUAUAUUGAUUAAAUGUAGUGCCUCUCUUUUCAAUCAUACUGUACAGUAUGCCUCUGCACCAGUUGCUUUGAAACUACAUCCUUCAUGCUGCUAUAAUACUGUUUUGGAAGUGUCUGCUGAUCAUAUCACAUCAUUUUCCUGCUUUUCAUCAUCAUCAGUUACAUAUUCAGACAAAAAGGUUCCAUUUACACUUCUUAUAUUUCUAAUAUGGCAAUUAUCUGUCAUAUAGUAUGGAAUUUCCAUAACACAGAGUAUACCUAAUGUUUAAAAAAACUUUAACAUAUUUCAGGAUUAUCAUGUCAGCAAGCGCAUGUCUGUAUUUGUUAAAGAAUCAUGCUUUGAAUGGUAAAAAAAAAAUCAACACUGUCAACAAUGUCAAAGUGCAAGCUGCUUUUUUAAUCUCUUCAGCUGCAUAUUUUCUUAUUUAAAUGAACAAUCAAACUGAAUCUGUUCAAAACUAGUGAAGUUGCACUGAUGAGCGUGCAUCAGGUCAGCCAGCCUAGAGAGCGCACUCAAUGACAGUAGUGACGUUUCACUUAAAUACUAGGAUAACAUCUCAAAGUAACUGUUACACAAGAUUGCAAAGAUCUUUCAAUGCAUCUAAUUGUACAGUAAAUCCUGAAUGGGGGGUUGACUUGUGACAGCCAUUCAAUAUGUUCUUGCUGCUCAUGUAAUCCAUACAUAACCUUGUUCCUGAGAUUGGAAAGUAUUCUGUGUGUUGUGGACAGCCUGUUGAAGCGAUCCAGUCAAAACAUAUUACACCACUUACAUGUAUGCGCAACUGACAGUAGUUGUGGUUAAUCAAAAUGUCUGUUAUUAUCUUUUGUUUGUUGUGUAACAAGAAGCUGAUCAAUGUUAUGAUCCAAGUCAUUCACAUACUUUCUUGGCAGAGACUGCAGUUGUAUUUUAUCCAGCUAUAGCAUCAUCUUUGAGGGAAUACCCUGUUGUACUGCAUAUUACACUGUCUCAAGCACUCCACUCAUUACUGUCUCAUUUCCUUUAAAAACCCAGUCAUUAAAAAAACACCACACACGAGCCCUCGAUUGCUCCAGUCUGAUCUCUAUGUUGAGGUUAUUCCUCUCGUUUUCAUUGGGCCUUUAAAUGUGCAUCACAUGAGCCAACCAAAGUUUUGUUGGUGCAGUCACAAAAGUUUCACACUGAAUGUACAUUGAUAUUUGAAAAUACUUAUUCUGCUGGAGUGUUUAUGUUAACUUGUCUUCUGGUCAGUCUGGUUCCUUAUUGAUUGUAGGUAAGGUUAUUAUCAGGGAACCAUAUGGAGGUUGAAAGACAUAUCUGUAAUAAAUAUGUCUACUGAUGUGUGGAGGGGGUUAGUUCAAUAUGGCCCCAUAAAGCAUUGCAUCUUGUACAGAGUAAUGCUGUAGGUUACCUUACUGUCACACUUUCACUCUUAUUUCAACAUCUACACCUUCACCAUCAUUCUGUGACAGCCUUCACAAAAUCAACUUUUUCUAAUCCCUCCGCUUUGAAUGAACAUCAUUUACAUUUUUGUGCUUCCACAUCUAAUCUUUUUUUUUUUUUCGAACUUAUCAAAUUCCACCAGUAUGUUUCUCUUUCUUUUUCUUCUUUUGCAUUGUAUAUAAACAUGAUUGCUGUGAACAGUGAAUCAUAAAGUUGCACCCAUUUACAAAAUCUCAAAUGGGCAGUAGUUCAGUCAGUGUCUCUGAGUGUUGGAGUUUAGCGUCAAAUGUUUGUGUACACUAAACACAUUGUCAUAUAUGAAAUAAACAUGGAAAUUAUGCAACACAAA